AUACUUCGAUUUAAAAAGUAUUACGUGUAUUGUUGGUGGAUUUUCUGCUUGUAGUCAAAACGAUAUUGACAAGUAUCAAAAUUCUUACAUUACUAGAAGUGUAACUGAGGCGCUCUGUUCUGUGGACUGUGACUAAUAACUUCGAUUUUCAUUCGAGGCAAUAAUGGAGGCCGAUAAAAAUAGCAAAUAUGAUGAAAAUCAAAAUGAUGAAGAAAAGAAGGAUAAAAGCACUGUUUUAGAAAGCGCCUCUUCCGCCGUUCCACUAAAGGAAACUGAACAUGUUUCAGAUGAGGAAGAGGAUAUUUCUUGGAGUAGUGAUGAUUCUGAUAGUGACGAAGAAUACAUUUGCACCCUCUGCAGCAAAACAUUCAGUGGUGUCAUUCCCCUAAAGCAGCAUGAGAAAAGCGGAAGCCAUUUAAGAAAGAAAAUGAAAAAAAAGUUAGAAAAGAAAUUAGAAAAAGAAAUAGUCAAAUUAGAGAAGUUAGAAGAUAAUGAGGAAGAAAAUUUAGACUUCAUUAAGGAGCCUUUUGCAGCUUGUAAAACAUGUAAGAAAUCUUUUGGCGAUCCUCUAUCGUACCAUAAACACUUGAUUUCUAAGAAGCACAAGAGGAAAGCAUUCGAAGCAAAAUUAUUGCAUCAGGUGAAAAGUAACGGUAACAUUGAUAGCGAAGCUCUAAAAAAGAUGUUUCAUAAGAAAGCAGAUCCCACAAAAGAAGGCAAAGAUAACACUCAAGCUUCUGGUGCUUACGAAGAUAUCCUAAAUGACUUAAAAAUAAAGUUAUCUGUUUCUAAAGCAGAAAGUAAGAGCUCAGAAAGUGAUUCUAGUGAUGACGCUGAGGAAUUCAACUGUACAGUCUGCGACAAAUAUUUCGGUAGCCUCGUUACUUAUUUCCAGCACAUGACAAGCAAAUCGCAUAAGAAAAAACUGAAACAGAAUAAAAUGCUUGAACAACUCACUAAAUCCGAGAAGGAGUCCGAGGUUGUUGUUGAUAUUAGCAGCAUUGACACUGAGGAUGAUAUACUGAUGUGCAAACCGUGUUCUGUGGCUUUCAGUGGACCGGAGAGUGCUUUCGCCCACUUGAAAAGCAAAGGACAUAAGAAGAAACUGGAAGUUCUAAAGUGGAAGCGUUCGCAUCGUCAGAAAAGAGAAGUCAGAAGCAAGUCUUUUACCUCAUGCGAGGAACAUCGUCAGGAUCUUGCGAAUACUGAAUCUGUAAAUAAUGAAAUGAAUGAAAUAUCAGCUGCUGAUGCUAACAACAAAGAUUUAGAUUCUAAGCCAAGUUUAAAAAGUGGUGUAAAACACUUGCCUUCAAGUUCUUCGCAUGAACUUGGAAAAGACCCCAAAGAUACAAUAAUAAGUGCCACAAACGAUUCCCAGCAGAAACCGAACAUAAUCGAAGCGCUGUUGCAAAAAGAAGCUAAGCAGAACAUAAAAGAGGCACAGGAAAAAGGAGCCAGAGGAAACAUAGUUGAAGAGGAAAGUGAUAUUAAACAGAAAAUAACUGAAGAGGCACAUGGAAAGGAGAGUGAAAACAAAGUACCUGAAGAGGCUGUGGAAGAGGAAGUCAAAGAAGGCAAAAUUGCUCCCCAAAAAUACAAGGUAUACAAACAAUUUAUGAGCUCAUUUCGUCCUAAUGCUAAUAAAUAAUCACUGUAGUUUAGAGCCUACAUUUGUGCAUUAAUUUUUCUGAAUUCAAGUACGAAUUGUAGAAGCUAUCUAAAAAUGGUAUGCGUAACGUUAUUGCAACAAAACGGUUUAAGACUGAGAAUAAUUUGAGACACUGAGCAAUGAUAAUUAUAUGAUUCACUUAAUUGCUAUUGCUUGAUUAUUAAUUGUCAAUUUGCUGUGAAGAUUUCUAAUUUCUUCUAAAUUUGAUGUCAUUGAUUUGAGUUUAUUAAAGAAAAAUAAAUAUUAUUUGAAUUCAUA